AUGAAGAUGUUGGACAUUGGAUGCCUGGAAGAAAAAGGCGACAACAACCUUUCAGAGUUCCUUCGCAAUGUGGACAACAGAGACUUUAUAUGGCUGGAUGAGAUUCUUGAAGAAGCUAAAAAAAUAUUCAAGAGCAGCUUUGAUGGAGAGCCCGAGUUAAUGCCAAAAACUCCAUCACAGAAAAAUCGCAGGCAAAAGAAACGUUUUUCCAAAACUAAGAAUGAUCGGUUUUCUGAAAAGAGGUUAUUGGAGAGAGACAGUAACCAGUCAGGUCCUGUUCAACGCACUUCCAAAAGACUCCAACAGAAGAAGAAUGUAGAGAAUGCCUCUCCUUAUUGUCGGAUGACCAGAUCUCAGGCUGCCAGGAUCUCGAAUCCUACGUGUAAGACAGCAGCGGUUGACUUAAGACGGAUACCACUAGUAGAAAUUAAUAACCAUGAGAGGCUUAGUGCAGAGUUACAGCUUGAAAAAACAGCCACUCAGAAAACUGAGAAGACUCCUUUGGCCAAUGAAUCAUCAUUGAAUGAUGAGAACCGUUUAGAGACAUUGCGACCUUUGUCUAAAGCUUCUUUGCUUGUGAUCCCAGACACUCCUGAGACUCAAAUAAUAAAAGAAGGCCGGAGUGCAUGCAAGCUGAAAAUAGCAAAUGUAACUGUUGUCAAAACCACUGGAACUGAAAAACCCAGCUCUCAAGCGGAAGAAUUACUUGCUCAACCACAAGAGAAGAGCCAGGAUUCAGAAACCAAACUUCCUCAGAAUUUAAAUGAGAGUGCACUGACACCCACAGCUCCGAAAGCAAACCGUCAGUCUGUGCGCCGAAGUCUGAUGGGUAAAACCUCUAUGAAUAAGGCUUCACUUGUAGAAAGAUGUUCACUGGCUAGCAAAAGGGAAAGAGCGAUCCAGAAAUCUGGCAGGAGGACUAUGUCCACAAGAAGCACAACUCGGGAGCAGUCAUCCGCUUGUAGACGUGUGAGCUGCCGUGUUUCUCUGGUGAAAUUAUUGCCUGAAGAAAUUAAUGAAUCUAGACCACAGUUGGAUCCUGCUUCCCAUUCUCAAGAGGUUGCUGAUCAGCUGUUCAGUCAUUCUCACAACGUCCCCAGGGCUGCAGCUAUUGAAGAACAACAAGGCAGCGAAAAAAAAGCAAACAGUCCUGAAAAGAAUGCUGAGGUCCAAGAGCAACCUCAGAGUGUCAGACGAAAAGCAAGCUAUAAGAGAGCAGUGAAUGAGUUAUACGAUGGGCAGCAUACAGAGGAUGAGCUCUCUCCUCCAAGGAAAAAGUCGCCAUCCCCUCAGUGCCCUUCUAGUAAGGUUGCCCGCCCUUUCAAGACUUUCUUGCACACUGUACAUAAGAACAAGGUUCUCAUGAUGACCCCUGGCUCCGUGAGCCAAAACAGCGCCGUAAAAUCAUUUCUCAAAUACAACACUCCUGUCCAAACCAAUCCUAAGGAAAAGGAGAGGCAGCGCUUGGAGAACUUAAAGAAAAAGCAGGAGGCUGAACAGCAGAGAAAACAGAAAGUGGAGGAAGAGAAAAAUCGGCGGCUGGAAGAGAUGAAGCGGAAGCGUGAAGAGCGCCUCCGCAAGGUGCUGCAGGCUCGUGAGCGGGUAGAACUAAGGGAAGAGGAGAAGAGAAAACUUCUUGAGCAAAAACUUGCUCAGCAUAAUGAGAAGGUGCGAGAAGAGAAAGUGGCAGAAGAAAAAGUGAAAAAGGCUGCAGCUGCCAAAAAAGCUGAAGAACUUGAAGCCCGUAAACAGAGAGCCCUGCAGCUGGAAGAACGCAGACAGCAGGAGCUGAUGCAGAGGAAAAAGGAGGAAGAACAAGAGAAAGCUAGGCAGGCUGCAGAACUGGAAAAAAAGCUGGCUGCUGAGAGAGAACUUGAGAAAAAGAGAGAACAAGAAAAGCUUCAAGCACAGCAGGAGCGUGAAAGGAAGGAGAAAGAGAAGGCUGCUCGCUUGCAAAGAGAAUUAAUGGCUGCUAAAGAGAAAGAGCAGCUUCAGAAAGAGGCGGUGGAGAAAGAAAGGAAACUGCAGGAGGAGGAGCAGAAGCAGAAAUCUACUUCUGAUGCAGUGGUUGGUCACAAACAGCUGAAUGUAACAAUAGAGAUACAGAGCUCGCCUUCCUGCAACUCAUACCCAAUGACACCACAGGGCCCCAAACAGCCAAAGUUUGAAGUGAAUAAUUAUGGGAUGGAUCUGGAUAGUGAUGACUCCACAGAUGAUGAGAGCCAUCCCCGCAAGCCCAUUCCUUCUUGGGCUACUGGAAAUCAGCUAACCCAGGCCAUCAUUCACCAGUAUUAUAACCCUCCUGAUACUGAUGCUUUCUUUGGGGUCAUUAAAAGUCCCAAACUGGAAGAAAUCUUCUGUAAGAGUAAGCCACGGUAUCUGAAGCGCACAAGUUCUGCAGUAUGGAAUUCGCCACCAUUCCCAAAUGGCAAAUCUAUGGCAGCGCAAUCAUGGCAGAGCUUAAAGAGAUGCUGAAGUUUUCUU